AUGCCGCCCAAGGCUCUCUCUACUCUCUUUCUCGGUCUCGAGCUCGCGACAGACCAGCUCAGGGCUUCAAUCGUGGACGAGAACCUCGAGCUGGUCGGGGUGGAAGCUGUUGACUUUGACACAGAGGUCUCGGAGUAUCAGACUCAGGGCGGUAUCUUCACGACUCCGGGGGAUGCGUAUACCACCCCCGUUGAGAUGUGGUUGAAGGCCUUCGAUCUUCUGCUUGAGAAAGUGAGCAAGAACUACGAGAUCGCCCGAAUCAAGGCCAUCGGCGGCGCUGCACAGCAAGCACUAGUGUGGUGGAAAGCCCCGAUACCCCCGCUGCAAGCCCUAGAUCCCCGGCGACCGAUUCAUUCCCAGAUCACCUCUCAGUCUUUCUCGCUCCAGAACAGCCCCAUCGCCCAAGACACCUCCGCCCACACUCACGCCCUUGCCCUCGAGGCCGCUCUCGGUGGUCCAGAACUUAUGGCACAACGCGUCGGCACAUGCGCUCACCCUUCGCUCAUCGCUGCACAACUACUCCGUGUACGGGAGGCUUGGCCGGACGUCUGGACACGCACAGGGCGGGUACAGAUGGCGAGCUCGUUCAUUGCCAGUCUCCUCACAGGCCAGCUUGUCGGCAUGGGUGAAGCAGAGGCUUCCGCCACUGGCCUCUGGGUUCACACUGGCGCUCAACAAGGCGCGCAGAGUCACUGGGACGAAGGCGUGAUGGAAAUUGUCGGCGGCAACCGGGACGAAGGCCGCAGGAUCUGGACAUGGCUGGGCGAAGUCGACAUCUCGGGUGGCCGCAGGCGCAUUGGCAGUGUUUCAAGGUACAUAGUAGAACGUUACGGUUUCGAUCCAGAAUGUAUCAUUACCCCCUUCACCUCGGACUACCUCUCUUCCUACAUCUCAUUAUGUCCUUCGCCCGCCGACACCGUCCUGACGUUCGGCCCCAUGGACAUGAUGAUGGCGCCCACCCCCAACUACGUUCCAUCCCGACUGUACAACCUGUUCCCCCACCCAGCACAGGACGCCAGCGAAAAGAAGCGCUACGUCGUCAUGCUCACCAGCAGGAAUGCGGACGUUCCCCGUGCCCUAGUACGUGACAUGUACACCAAGAGCUGGAGCGCCUUUGAUCGCCUUGUCGCCAUCGUGCCGCCCGGCGGCUCAAUCGGCCUCGACGAUAAGCUGUUCAGCUUCUGGCUCUUGCAAGGGGACACCUUCCCUUACUCCCACGUCAAGGGUAUCUAUCGCUUUGAGACUGGCAUCAAAGUUAACGAGUUCCGCGAUCUCCGUGCGAACCCCCGCUGCUUGCUCGAGAGCCAGAUUAUUUCCUUCCGAGUUCGCUGGUCGAGGGCGCUCGCGACGGGCGUCUUCGGCCCCGCGGCCGGCCGCGCGCGCACUGCGAACGCAUCGCCAAGUCCGUCCAACGCUCAGCCCAGGCGCGCCACCGGCGUCAACAACAGCAACAACAUGGGUCUUCCCUUCGACCCGUACGACUACGCCACGCUGCCGGGACGCAUCCUCACCACUGGUGCCGCCGGCAACUUCCCCGCCAUCGCGAACCUUGCUGGGGACGUCUUCAACGCGCCCGUGCUCAUGCCUACCACUCAGAUCGACUCCGCGCAGGUGAUACCUCAUCGCAACGCACCCGCCACUGGAUACCCCGCGCGCGCCGCCCUCGGUGGCGCCUAUAUCGCACGCUGGGUGUGGGGCAAGGAGAAGGGCACCCCCGCAGGCACCGGACGAGGUGGUUUCGAGGAGGAGAUCCGUCGGCUCCUGGGCAAGCGGUGGGCAACCACGAACGGUGCUCCGCUACGCACGAGCAUCAACGGCCCCGGCUCCAGCAAAGCCCCCAGCGCAGCGAACAGUGGCACGAGCACCCCCUACGGGCACGGCACCCGCUCGGCGCUCGGGUCUUCGGUCAUCGUCGAAGCGGAGGAGGAAGAGGCGGAGGAGAUGGAGCAACGCGUUGCUGCGGCGGAGCGCGGCGCGUUCGGACUCGGUUUCAGUGAGUCCGACAUGCAGCGCCUGCGCACCGCGACUGCGUCCACCGUCGGCACCGCGAUGAGCGGGAGCACGUUGGGCGACACGGCUUCGACCGCAUUCACGACCCCCGACCUCGGCGGCCUGGGGAGUCCUCCGCAGAGUCAGGACGGUGCAGGCGCGGCCGUCGCUCCGUCGACACUUCAACCGGUCACCGCGAUGCAGACGUCGGAUGCGGAGAUGCAGCUCGGCCUUGCGAAGGUCGCGGAGCCGGACGUCGACGCGUUCAUGGCCUAUGCCGCACUCGUCCCCGAGUUCUGCCGCCUCGAGGGUCUUCUUAUCAAGGCCAUCGUCUGA